CCACAGUCAUGGCGCGCGAGGAGGGGCGAGCGCGCUCCGCGGCAGCACCCGCACCCCCUCCCCUCAGCUGCCCAGCCCGGCCCCUCUCCUAGGCAACCUCCCUCCCCGGCCUGCUGCGCAGCGGAGAUGGAGACCCCUCCCCAGAGAGCUGCGUUUCCAGCGCCGCCUGCAGCACCCGCUCCCCGCCCCCAUCGGGGCGGAGGAAUGGAGCCGCGCGCUUCGCGAAUCUCCAGCCCCUUCCCCGGAGCGCCGGCCUCUCUCCCAGCCCCACCGAAGCCGGGGUGCAGUGCGGGGGGGAGGGGGGAGUAGGUGCAGACCGGCUCCCCGCAGCCCACCUCGACCAUGGCAUCUUUGCAACCCCUUUAACAAAAUAAACCCCGAACCCAAAGCCCAGUCGUUCGACUGCAAAGCGCGUUACAAUAACCGGGACGGCUACGCAGGAAGCAAUCCUGCCCCGGUCCGGGUCUAAGGCGGCAGCUUCCCGGCCGCGCCGCCUUCUCCUGGGCCUCGAUUUUCCGGCCUCGCCGGGGAGUCCGCCACAUCUCGAUUUGCAGACAGGUCCCGCGCGGGGCCCCAACGCGGUCCUCGCCCCCCGCCCCAUCCUGGUCCAGACUCUCUCCAGCCUACAAAAGGUGCCACCUCAUGCACAUGCAGAGCAAACAAAUAAGGUCGGCAGCGCGAUGCCGGGAACGCUGCGAACAAUGCGUGGGGCGGCCCGCGACCGCCGAAGCGAGGCGCCCCGGGGGACACGGGGCGCAGGCGGGGGCCGCGGCGUAGGACCCGCCGGCCGGGCGCUGGACACCUUACUUCCUGCUUCCCCGCCCGCGGCCAGACCCAGCUCUGCGGAGGGAUAUCUCUCCCCUCUUCUGUCCCCCUCUCUCCCUUCCCCCGCCCUCCCCCCUUUUUUGCUUCUGCUCCCCCCCCCCACACCCCGCCUUUCUCCUUUUGCAAGAAAAUAAUUUGACAGUCGAUUUGCUGACAGGGGAGGAAUUUGCAUCCUGGAUUAAAAAAAAAAAAAAAAGACCGAGAGGAGCUUGGGAACGGUUGCUAGGGCUCUGCUUCUCCCCCAUCUCACCCCCCCAAGCGGAGACUGGUCUUCUUGUCGGAUUGCCCAUGCACUUGUUGCAGAAACAGCCAAGGCCCUGGCUCCGGAGGAUGCUGAAGGAGGAAGACACGAAAGCAGGACGACCCUGAAAGAUUGAGCCUCUUAAUCCCGAAACAGAACCAGGUCUCCUCUUCCCACCUGCCCAGCAGCAUGAGAGCAGCAUGACCGGCCAGCUGCAGGAGGAGCCCCCAGAGCCAGGCCCCCAACUCGACCAUCUGCUGCGGAGGACGAGGUGUGAGCGGCAUCUCUUCACCACGGUGGUUGGUCCGUACCGAAGCCCGGGUGGGGAUGUGAAAGCCCCCACUCUGCACAUGAGCGGUGCAAGUCAACAGGAACACCUGGCUCCAGCCACGGUCGCAGACAUGUCAGCCGUGGAGUAGUGCGGACGCUUUCCCGCACCUUCUCAGGGUUUCCGUCCUUCUGGGUUUGUUUCACUGACCUUCUUGUAUGGUUUUGUGGCUGGACGUUCACCACCAAGGCCGGCACCAUGGGGGAUCAGCAGCUGUACAAGACCAACCACGUGGCCCACAGCAGUGAGAACCUUUUCUACCAACAGCCACCACUCGGCGUCCAUGGCGGGCUGAACCACAACUACGGGAAUACAGUCACGGGGGCCGGCAUGGAUGCCCCUCAGGCAUCACCCAUUUCCCCCCACUUCCCUCAAGAUACUCGGGAUGGUCUAGGCUUGCCUGUUGGCUCCAAAAACCUUGGCCAAGUGGAUACCUCGAGGCAGGGAGGGUGGGGUGGCCACGCAGGGCCUGGAAACCACGUCCAGCUCCGUGGCAACCUGACCAACUCAAACAUGAUGUGGGGGGCACCAGCCCAGCCUGAGCCCUCCGAAGGCUACCAGUACACCUACUCCCAGGCCAGCGAGAUCCGGACCCAGAAGCUCACCAGCGGUGUCCUGCACAAGCUAGACUCUUUCACCCAGGUGUUUGCCAACCAAAACCUGCGGAUCCAGGUCAACAAUAUGGCCCAGGUGCUGCACACCCAGUCAGCAGUGAUGGAUGGAACCCCUGACAGUGCCCUCCGCCAGCUGCUGUCCCAGAAGCCCAUGGAGCCCCCAGCGCCGUCUGUCCCUUCCCGCUACCAGCAGGUGCCCCAGCAGCCUCACCCAGGUUUCACUGGCGGGCUGUCCAAACCAGCUCUCCAGGUCGGGCAGCUCCCUAGCCAAGGGCACCUGUACUAUGACUACCAGCAGCCACUGGCUCAGAUGCCAGUGCAGGGAGGACAGCCGCUGCAGGGCCCACAGAUGCUGUCCCAGCACAUGCAACAGAUGCAGCAGCACCAGUAUUACCCGCAGCAGCAACAGCAGCAAGCUGGGCCGCAGCGUAUGUCCAUGCAAGAAAUGCAGCCGCAGCAGCCGACUCGCCCGCCACAGCUCCAGCCGCAGCCACAGCAGCAGCUGCAGCAGCGGCAGGGUUCCAUGCAGAUACCUCAGUAUUAUCAGUCCCCACCCAUGAUGCAGCACUUGCAAGAGCAGCAGCAGCAGCAGAUGCACCUGCAGCCCCCUUCCUAUCACAGGGACUCCCACCAGUACACCCCGGAGCAGGCACACGCGGUGCAGCUGAUUCAGUUGGGCUCCAUGCCCCAGUACUACUACCAGGAGCCCCAGCCACCCUACAGCCACCCCCUCUACCAGCAGAGCCACCUGUCCCAGCACCAGCAGCGUGAGGACAGUCAGCCCAAGACUUACCCAGGCGAGAGGCAGGCCCAGGCCAUGCUGAGCUCCCAUGGGGACCUGGGGGCGUCUGAUACAGGAAUGGGAGACCCAGCCAGCUUGGACCUGAACCGGGUUAGCGGCGCCCUCCCGCAUCGGCCGCUCUUGUCCCCCAGUGGGAUCCACCUCAACAACGUGGGGCCUCAGCACCAGCAGCUGUCUCCCGGCGCCAUGUGGCCCCAGAUGCACCUACCGGAUGGCAGAGCCCAGCCAGGGUCCCCUGAGUCAAGCGGCCAACCGAAAGCAGUGUUUGGGGAACAGAUGGAUGCCAAGAGCAAGCUGACGUGCUCCAUCUGCCUGAAGGAGUUCAAGAGCCUGCCUGCCCUGAAUGGCCACAUGCGGUCCCACGGGGGCAUGAGGGCCUCCCCCAGCCUCAAACAGGAGGAAGGAGAGAAGGCCCCGCCACCGCAGCCCCAGCCUCUGCCGCCUCCACUGCCACCGCAGCUCCCUCCUGAGGCAGAAAGCCUCACGCCUAUGGUCAUGCCCGUGUCUGUCCCUGUCAAGCUUCUCGUGCCCAAGCCCAGCUCUCAGGGCUUCGCCAGCAGCGUCGUUGCCGCCCCCUCCGCCAGAGACAAGCCAGCCAGCUCGAUGUCGGACGACGAGAUGCCCGUGCUCGUGAGGAUGACCCUCUCUCCCCCACACUCACCCCCAGGGGCUGUCCCCUGCACGCCUGCUGACGCGCCCAGGAAGCCCCCGCCCGGGGUCGCCAAGGCCGAGCAGCCCGCGCCGCUGGCGCCCACACCCGCACCCGCGCCGGCCCCCGCGCCCGCGCCCGCACCCGCACCCGCCGCACCCGCCGCCGAGAGGAAGAAGUUCCGGCACCGCCCGCAGCCGCUCUUCAUCCCGCCGCCCUCCCUCCACCCCGGCCCCGCCUCCCACUCGGGCGCCACCCUCUACCAGAGCCAGCUGCGCUCCCCGCGCGUCCUGGGGGACCACCUGCUCCUGGACCCCGCCCACGAGCUGCCCCCCUACACGCCCCCGCCCAUGCUGAGCCCGGUGCGCCAGGGCUCGGGCCUCUUCAGCAAUGUCCUCAUCGCGGGGCACCCCGGCGCCCACGCCCAGCUGCCCCUCACGCCCCUGACGCCCACGCCGCGCGUGCUGCUGUGUCGCUCCAACAGCAUCGAUGGCAGCAAUGUGACAGUCACCCCCGGGCCUGGCGAGCAGACCGUUGAUGUUGAACCGCGCAUCAACAUUGGCUUGAGAUUCCAAGCAGAGAUCCCAGAUCUGCAGGAUGUCUCUGCCGUGGCCCAGGACACACACAAGGCCACAUUGGUCUGGAAGCCCUGGCCAGAGCUGGAAAACCACGACUUCCAGCAAAGAGUGGAGAAUCUCCUGAAUUUGUGCUGUUCAAGUGCGUUGCCAGGUGGAGGGACCAAUUCUGAAUUUGCUUUGCACUGUCUCUUUGAGGCCAAAGGUGAUGUGAUGGCUGCUCUGGAAACGCUGCUGCUGCGGAAGCCGGUCAGGUUAAAAUGUCACCCUCUAGCCAAUUACCACUAUGCCGGUUCGGACAAGUGGACCUCCCUAGAAAGAAAACUGUUUAACAAAGCACUAGCCACUUACAGCAAAGACUUUAUUGUUGUACAGAAGAUGGUGAAGUCUAAGACGGUGGCUCAGUGCGUUGAGUACUACUACACGUGGAAGAAAAUCAUGCGCUUGGGUCGGAAGCACCGCACACGCCUCACGGAGCUCGCGGAUGACUGUAUGGUGAGUGAAGCCGCCGAGUCACUGCUUAUGCUGGCCCUGCUCCCACCCCACACCCAGACAAGUGAAGAAGAAGAAGAAUUGGAGGAGGAGGAGGAGGACCAGGAAGAAGAUAGGAAAUCCACAAGAGAAGAGGAGAGUGAAGUGCCCAAGUCCCCGGAGCCGCAGCCAGGCCCUGUCCUGGCUCCCGCGGAAGGGCCGCCCCUGCAGGCCCUCGGCCAGCCCGCAGGCUCCUUCAUCUGUGAAAUGCCCAACUGUGGGGCUGACUGUAGAUGUCAUGUCACUCCCUUUCUUCCCCAGGUGUUCAGCUCCCGGCAGGCACUGAACGGCCACGCCCGCAUCCACGGUGGCACCAACCAGGUGACCAAAGCUCGGGGCGCUGUCCCCUCUGGGAAGCAGAAGCCGGGCAGUGCCCAGAGCGGGUACUGCUCGGUGAAGAGCUCGCCCUCUCAUAGCACCACCAGCGGCGAGACCGACCCCACCACCGUCUUCCCCUGCAAGGAGUGCGGCAAAGUCUUCUUCAAGAUCAAAAGCCGAAACGCACACAUGAAAACGCACAGGCAGCAGGAGGAACAGCAGAGGCAAAAGGCUCAGAAGGCGGCUUUUGCGGCGGAAAUGGCAGCCACGAUCGAGAGGACUACGGGGCCGGUGGGGGCGCCGCGGCUGCUGCCCCUGGACCAGCUGAGUCUGCUCAAACCCAUCAAGGACGUGGACAUCCUCGACGACGACGUCGUCCAGCAGCUGGGAGGCGUCAUGGGAGAGGCCGAGGCCGUGGACCCUGAUCUCCUCUUGGAUGAUCAAGACCCCGUUUUGCUCCAGGGGGACACGGAACUGUAAAGGCCUGCUUGUCACUCAGAGACGGCGAAGCUCGCGGCCUCCUCCGUCUUCACGCAUCAGGAAGCCUGGACUGCCUGCUUGUUCUGUAACCAUUUUAAACUACCUGUUUAAAAAAUGGUCGUUUUAUUCAGGUUUAGAAGAAAAAAAUCCAGUUUCUUUUCCUUUUAUUUAAAUUUGUUUUCUUGUGGGAGGUUGGGGGGAAUAAAUAAUUGGCACAACUCUCUGUAAGAGGUGUUUCGUCUGGGCUGCAUUCCCGUGAACUCACUCCCGGCAGGGGGUGAGCCUGACAUUGCUGUUCUUUUGCUUUCCGAUGUCAACCCCCCCGACUGCCUUUUGUCCCAAAGCUUGCGGUGCGUGUGCGUGUGCGUGUGUCCGUGUGAAGCAGGCUGCCCUCCUCUUGCUGGGGACUUGGGCCAUCCUUUCCCACCGAAAGUUAUUUUGGUUCUGCUCUGACCUCACUCUAGCGCGCCGUGAACUUGGCGUCUUCGCCGGGAGACUGUGCUCGCGGGCAGCUUUCCAGAGAGCUAAGGAAGCCCUCGUGCCACGCUUGCCUCUGCACACACGUCCUUGGAAGAGUUGGCCAAUGGGAGGAUAAGUUUGCUCGCUGCCUUGCCUGUCACCUGGCCCGUUCCUAGGAACUGAUUACUGCACGGUCUCGGGCUCGCGCCCCCAGAGGGGAGUCACUGAAGACCUGGUCCACGGAGCAGUGUGGCGGCCUCUUCCGUGCUCACCGUGGGUGGGCAGAGCUGUGUUUCAGCGAGCGGGCACUCGAGGUCCAUCUGGAAGAAAAUAACCCCAACUCUUUAGUUGCCGGGGCUGUUUGUAGGGAGGGUGGUUGAGAGGCACACAUUGAAGUCCCCGGAAGGCCAAGAAGUGUUCUUUUGCCCCAAAACUAGAUGGGAAGAGCCCGUUCUGUUUUGCAACACUGCUAGUGGCCAGUGGAGUUCUGAGACGACUCUGUGCCAUUCCGAAGCGCUGUGAAACCUCACUCCCUUGGGACUUUGCUGUAAUUCAUCUGUGCUGGACCGAAGUUUAUCUUGAUGCUAACCAUGAAGAAAAGGGUUUUCUAAGAAAUUUGAUAGCAAAUUCAAGGGAUGUAGCCCUAAAGGCCAACAAAAAUGGUUUCACAUACCACUUUAGCUACAAUGUGUGCAUUCAAACAAUGAAUGUAUUCGUUAGUCAUUUACCAAAGCACUUCUACCAUCUUCCAAGCCACAUAACUCUGCCUCCUCCUGUCCCUGUCAUCAGGGUUUCUGUUUGUACUUGAAGGUAAUAAACCUGUAAUCCUUCAAAAAUGCCAUGUAGCUCAGGCUUUGAGCCGAGUCAGACGGACCUGUCCCACUGUUCGGGCAAACGAGCAGCGCGCCUUCAGACGGGACAAGGCCCGGCAGAGAGGACCGCCCUGGUGGGGAGGGCCCCCUGGAAUGUGUGACUCCCGCCUAGUUCCCCAGCUCCUGUGGGCGUGGCCAUCAUGCCGGGGCCGCUCUGCUGGCACGUUAAUAGCUUAACAUUAGAGGCGGUAUCAGCGGAAGCGUGAGGAUAAGUUUGUCUCUGCAGAAGCAUUUAGCACAUAUUCAUGGCCCUGGCGGCCCCACCCGGGCAGUGUUCUCUGAAUCUCAGGAAAGCCAAGGGCAGAAGAUAAAUACAAAGGUUCUUUUCAUUUCCAUCGUUCUGUUUUCUGAAAAGAGAUCUUGGAAGUUUCUUUUUCUUUAGGGGAAAACGAGGUGUUUUAUUUGCUGCCGUUUCAGACAGGUCAUUCUCGUAUGUUCUGAGCCCAGACCUGCCUGGGCACUGCAUCACCUUCACGGCAGAGCUGUCUCAGAACCAUCCCAGGGCGACACUGGCCGACGGCCCCUGUCCCAGUGACCACUCCCCUCUGCUUGCGGAUGUCUGAGAGUGAUUCUGGAAAGGUUCUGCUAUUGGGAUGUAUGAAAGCUUAUCUAACAAAGGAGCCAACACCCAGAAAAAUGUUUAUAAAGCAAACGUAUUCGUUAUGUUUGGAGACUUGCCCAGCCGUUCCAGUUUUAAACAUGAAAAAUAAACUUGAGUUGCCAAGGCAAAAAAUAUAAUGCACAAUAUAACUUUGAUUUUCCAUGCAGUAUCGUGUAAGCAUUUUUUGACUUGAAAUAACCAAAGAACUCCUCCUUAAUGAGACAGUUCAAAUUCCUGAAUUAGUAUUUUUGGACAAUAUCAACUUAAAAAGAAUUAACUUCACAGUAGAACAUUGUGUUUUUGUUGUUUUUUUCUGAAACGAUUCUGCCUGCAUGUAUGUGUUGUGUUUUAGCUUUCCCCCAGCCUUCCCCACCCCAGAGAACUUCUCUUCCUGAAGGUCAAAGUCUUCAACAUGGUUACUGUUUACUAUCAGAUGGUUUUUCAUUAGUGAAUUUAGAUCUCUUUGAGAAAGCUUGUAUAUAAAAAGUUAACAGAUAUAUUUUAUGGAAAAACCCAUCUUAUUUUCAAAUAUAUUUAACUGCUGUUAUAUUUUAUUAGAGGAAGGUUGUAAAUAUUUUCUAGGAGUUCUAUUGUAAAGAAAAGUAUUUUUGAAAAAAAUUAAUGUAAUAAAAACGAAAACAUUUUUAAAUAGUGGUUGUGAUUGCUUCCUGUUCUGGCUUUGUUAUGUUCUAUUCUCAGCAGAUGACUUGCAUGCCUUCCCAUUUCAGGAUGUAAUUUAUUCAGGUU